UUCCAUGAAUAGUCAAAAGAACUUGUCCCAUCAAAGAAAAAAGAAAGAAACAUUGGCAAAUGUGAAUACUCUUCUGAACCCUAGGCUGGUCUAAACAAAGAGAAAUUCUCUAAUCUAAGACUUGAGAAGGUGAGAGAAGAAGAUGAGUGCAGGUUUCAUGGUAUCUAAUAUCUUCUCUACAAUCUUAAGAGCAUUAUGCCCAUUAUUGUUUAUGUUUUUGGUGUUCAAAUUGGUGGAAUUUGCAGUGAAAAUAUGGUGGAUUCCUCUUACAUUAACAAAGUUUAUGGAGAAACAGGGGAUUAGAGGUCCCCCAUACAAAUUCCUCCAUGGAAACAAUAAAGAAGUUGGGCUGAUGGUAAUGGAAUCGUCUGCAAAACCCAUGGAUUUCUCUCAUGAUAUUUUUCCUCGAGUUCAGCCCCAUUUCUACUCUUGGAUCAAAAUCCAUGGGAGUGUAUUACUUUGCUGGUUAGGCCCAAAACCACAGCUUAUCGUCACCGAUCCAGAGCUCAUACGAGAGAUUCUCAACAAUAAAAGGGGUGAUUUCCAAAAACCAAAGAAGAAUUCAAUUGUGAAAAGGUUAUUAGGAGAUGGCCUUGUAUCAGCCAAUGGAGAGAAAUGGGUUCGCCACCGUAAGCUCGCCAACAAGGCCUUCAAUGGAGAAUCCCUCAGAGUAACCCCUCUCUCUCUCUCUCUCUUUCUCUAUAUGGGGUUAAGAAUCUUUAUAUACACAGAUUUAGAGCAACAGGUUGACAAGGGUGAGAACCUUGAGACUUUCUUUGCAUCCCAAGCCCGGGUAGAGGAGGGUGUGCUUUCAAAAAUGGUAAUAAGUGUUGAAGAAAUGAUAAGCAGAUGGAGAGAUUACGAAGGGCGAGAUACUGAAAUUUCAGGUGAAUUUCGGGUUUUGACGUUGGACGUUAUUUCAAGGACAGCCUUCGGAAGCAGUUAUUUACAAGGAAAAAAUAUGUUCGAUUUGUUAGCAAAGUUGGGAAAGAUAGUUGCUUCGAAUGUCCAGAAAAUUGACUUUCCCGGUAGUGGACUUUUUCAAUCCAAGGAUGAAGCAGAAGCCAAAAUACUAGACCAACAAAUCACGAAGUCAAUUAUGAAAAUGAUUGAAGCAAGAGAGAAAAAAGUGAGGAAUGGAGAUGCAAAUGGUUACGGUGAUGACUAUUUUGGAAUGUUGCUACAAUCACAAGUGAAUUCCAAUAUAUCAUUGCAGGACAUAGUGGAUGAAUGCAAGACCUUCUAUCUUGCUGGUCACGAGACCACCAGUGCACUACUCACGUGGACCGUUGUUCUCUUGGCCAUGCACCCGGAGUGGCAAGAGAGGGCAAGGAAAGAAGUUAUACAAGUUCUUGGCUCAAACACACCUUCCAUUGAUGGCCUCGCCCAACUUAAAAUAAUGAAUAUGCUAAUCAAUGAGUCUCUGAGACUGUACCCACCAGUUCUAUUCCUAACCAAGGCAUCUAUAAGGAAGGUAAGAGUGGGGAAAUUUACCAUCCCCUCAGGAAUGGAGCUAGUGGUGCCACCAUUAGCAGCAUACCAUGAUCCAUCACAAUGGGGGGACGAUGUGAACCUUUUCAAACCGGAGCGGUUUGCGCAAGGGGUGACCACUGCUGCAUCAACCCAAGUGUCCUUUAUACCAUUUGGCUAUGGCCCUCGCAUAUGUGUAGGCUUGAACUUUGCCACACUAGAGGCCAAAGUGGCUCUCUCUAUGAUUCUCAGAUGCUAUACUUUCACACUCUCUCCAUCUUAUCAGCAUGCUCCUGCGCUUAGGAUCACAAUGGGUCCUCAACAUGGAGCUCCAAUCAUCAUCCAUUCCCAGUAAAAGUUUAUUUGUAUGGGAAGAUUUGAUUUCAAUUCUUACUUAUUUAUGUUGUUGUAAACUUCCUUAUUUCUGAGGGUUCAAUUUGAACAGUUGAUGUUUGCUUUUGUUUUC